AUGACGUCAGACUCCUCCACGAGCGCGGCCCUCGCUCCUUGGGCUUCGCCUUCGACUCCCCGGUCCCGGCGCCCCUGCCCACCGGUGCCUAGGCCCAGUCUGGCUCGCGGAGCAGCAGUGCACCGCCAACGGGGCGCCCGCGAGCCGCCACGCACUUCCGGCGGCCCUGCGGCGGGAUGGACGCACUGGCCAUCCUGGUGCAGGACCUCCUGUGCCCUGCGCAGGGAGGACAACGAGCUCAUGGACCAGGUGCACCGGCUGCUGUGCGAGAAAACCAACCUGCUGGCCCAGGUGCGUCCGCCGGCCUGCCCGGUGGCUUUUCCCGAAGCGUUUAACGGCGACUCCGCCUGGCUUCCCGACUUUUUGAUCCAAGCGUGUUCGUACAUGAGCUUCUUCCAGGCCAGGUUCUCGAACGACACACUAAAGGUGGCAUUUCUAAUCAGCCGCCUCACUGGAGCGGCAGAGCAGUGGGUGAUUCCCUACAUCGAGAGGGAGAGCCCCUUCCUGGCUCAGUCCGAGGGCUUCGUGGACGCGCUGAAGCGGGCCUUCGGCAGGACUGGGUACAAAAAACAGCUGGGCCGGGGUGCCCCGUGCCGGGGGACAGCUGCGCCCCGGUCCCGAGCAAGCCACUCCUCAAACCCGGUCCGGUACUGCGUGGUUUUGUUACACAAGUAGCCCUCCAGUUGCAAGCUGCUGGGCUCCGACCCUUGCUCGGAAGCUUGGUCGCCCCCUGUUCUCUCCAACCUGUGUCUUUGCACUGCACAGCAACCCAGCUACUGCCCCGGAACCGGUUAGAAACUGAGUAGACCUCCCAUAAUCACGCCGCUGUCACUGCCAUGUGUGAAGACUGCUUCUGACUGCCUUUGGAAAUCAGGACCAACGUAGGAAGGACCUGAGUUUCUCACACCCUUGGACACUGAUUUGUAUAGCUCAGGACAGGAGACAGCUUCCAGGGUUAGAGAGUCUGGCAGCCAAAUUUUACAUUUUUCCCCGUGGACUUACUUAAUUUUUCACAUUUCAUUUCUGUUCUGAAAUCACAGCAGUCUCACAGAUUGCACCUUUUCGUCAGAGACAUCCAGGCACUGGACACUACCUGGAAAAAGUAUUUACUUGUAAAGUUUCAAUAUAUAUCUUACUAUAUGCCUAGUGCUUACUGUACUUGGUGUUACAUUUUAUCCUAUUUAUCUGUUUCUUAUGUCUUCGAGAACACCAUUAUGUUCUCAGAAAAAAAUUCGAAUUGCAUAUUUUGAUGUCUGGUAAAAUAAUGCUUUGUAAAGAAUCAUAUUUGAUUCUUGCUUUAAGGUCUUUUUUACUUUUCACCCAACGGUUUAUAUAUAUUAAAAAUAUAUGCAGCUUAGAAGACAGUGACUGAACAGUUACGAUGUUUGCUAUUGAAAAUGGUAUUUGGAGUUGCAUGUAACUCCUGGAAAUAAUAAUAAUAAUGGCGAUGGUACAGUCUUUGAGCUGUAUCCCCUUGGUUUUAUUCCUUUAUACUAAAUGAGAUAAUAUUAGCCCCCUCACUUCGGGUAAAUCACUUUACAUUU